AUCAAAUUCGCACUGCUGCCGGCUGAACGGUCAUGUGCGGUGUGCGUCCCCUCCGAUAACGUGACCAAUUGACUUUGGCUGGCCAAAGGAUUGAACUGACGGAUUACCCAUGCCGUUGACAAGUUACUUUUCGGCCGGCGAAUGGACCUCAGAAGCCUCCACCGCAAUCUCUGUGGACAUCGUGAUGGUAGUCGUUAUAGGUUGCUGUCUUCUAGCCUGGUGCUCUGAUAUCUACAGGCUUUGUCCCGGUUGGGGUGCUGUCCGCCGCUUUGACAGCGAUGGAAAUGAGGAUCAAAGAGCGAGAGAAACUUUGCUUCAGAAAGAAUACGACCGCAGAGAGGCCGCGGCUGUGGAAUCCACCGCAGCACCCAAGCUGUAUGGAUCUCUGGGUGCUCCAACUUGGGGCGUUUUGGAGUCGCCCAACCAGCAGGAGUCCAUUGUGGAUCAUCCCGUCUACGGCCAGGUGAAGGUUCGUGAUGGCUUCGAAGCGACUCAACAACUGCGCCGGGACUCCACGUGGUGGGCCAAAGACGAGCGCUACUUCAUGGAAGAAGCCAAGCUUCGCCGUGGUGAGUUAGUGGUGAACGAGCGCUUCGCCAAGUUGGCAGGGAGCAAUAUUUGAGGCGCAGGUUUGGCCUCACGUUUUGCCUCUGGCCCCUGGUGAUGCAGCCGGAGAAUGCUAUGAGGUCAUUCCGGUUUGCACAGCUCGCCACGCGAAAAGGGGAAUCUUGAAGAUUGGCGCCGCACCCCGCAGCCGCAGUGGCUGC